AACCGCUGUGAUGCAGGAUGGAUUCAUUAUAACCUCAACUGUUAUCGCGUCUUUCAGAAAAGCAACGAACGCCAAGACUGGAAUAGUGCGCAAGCAGAAUGUAAUAAGCUUGGUGGCAAUCUGCUUAGUAUACUAACCUACAAGGAACAAAAUUUUGUCCAAAAUAAUUUAUUGUCGACUGGAGUAAAAAAAUCGUAUUGGAUUGGGUUAAACUGUACUAGUAUUGAUGACAAUUGUCGAUGGCAAGGUAUGCCUACUGCCAAUCCAUAUUCUCAUCGAUCUAACAGAGUAAAAGAUGAUGGCGUGUCAGAAAUGUGUAUGGAAAUCAAUAUGAGAACGAAGUUUAAUGGCUUAUGGACAAGUAGAAAUUGCAGUAUAAAGCAGCGUUUCAUCUGCAAAAAAGGUAUGUAG